UCUGAUUUCUGCCAAGAUUUCCGUUUGGGGAAGCAUGGGGAGAGUUGAUUUCAUAUUGAAUAGUUCAAUAGUUGAAGAUCUUGUGGUAUUGCAUUGCUUUUAAACAGUAUUUUAUUAUUAUUACUGGGAUUAUGAUUACUACUAAUAAUAAUUAGGCAAGGCCGAUUCAUUAUAUUGACGUCCGUGCCCCCCUAAAUGAAAUGCGACUGUAAUGUUGCCAUUUUAAAUGCGUGCGAUACAUUACAGUUCUAGUUUCUUUAGAAUCUGAAACAGUAAGCCUUGUACAUUUUGCACGUUUUCAGUAGUUGUCUUUUUUCUUGGGCUUUUAUUUUUGAUUUCGGUGGUUAAUACGAAGGAUAUUGCAAAUACGAAGUUUUUUUUUGUUUUCCCCAAUUAUUGUUUUUAUUUGUUAGACGGUGUACUGUGCCGUCCACACCGCGUCUUCGCUCAUAAAUUACAUCUCCAUGCGCUUCCAGACCGGUAGCGUUACUUCAAGAUGCCACAAAUACAAGUUACACCUUUGGGGGCCGGGCAGGAUGUGGGCCGCAGCUGCAUCUUGGUUUCUAUUGGAGGAAAGAAUGUGAUGCUGGACUGUGGGAUGCACAUGGGAUAUAACGAUGAUAGACGUUUUCCAGAUUUCUCCUACAUUACACAGAAUAGCAGGUUAACAGAGUUUCUCGAUUGUGUCAUCAUUAGCCAUUUCCACUUGGACCACUGUGGAGCUCUGCCUUACAUGAGUGAGAUGGUGGGCUUUGAUGGACCCAUAUACAUGACACAUCCCACAAAGGCCAUCUGCCCAAUCCUAUUGGAGGAUUACAGGAAAAUCACAGUGGACAAGAAAGGAGAAACAAACUUCUUCACAUCCCAGAUGAUCAAAGACUGCAUGAAGAAAGUGGUUGCUGUGAAUCUGCACCAGACAGUGCAGGUAGACGAUGAGCUGGAGAUUAAAGCCUACUAUGCAGGGCAUGUUCUGGGUGCAGCCAUGUUCCAGAUCAAAGUGGGCUUGGAAUCUGUGGUGUACACUGGUGAUUAUAAUAUGACACCUGACAGACAUUUAGGGGCUGCAUGGAUUGACAAGUGCCGUCCUGAUAUCUUGAUCUCCGAAUCCACAUACGCCACCACGAUCCGAGACUCGAAGCGCUGCCGAGAGCGAGACUUCUUGAAGAAGGUGCAUGAAACGGUGGAGCGGGGAGGAAAGGUCCUUAUCCCUGUCUUUGCUCUGGGAAGAGCCCAGGAACUCUGUAUUUUGCUGGAAACGUUCUGGGAUAGAAUGAAUCUGAAGGCACCCAUUUAUUUUUCCACUGGGCUAACAGAGAAGGCAAACCAUUAUUAUAAACUGUUCAUCACGUGGACCAAUCAGAAGAUCCGGAAAACAUUUGUACAAAGAAAUAUGUUUGAAUUCAAGCAUAUAAAGGCUUUUGACAGAUCCUAUGCAGAUAACCCUGGCCCCAUGGUUGUAUUUGCUACCCCGGGAAUGCUUCAUGCAGGACAAUCUCUUCACAUCUUUAAGAAGUGGGCCGGCAAUGAGAAGAACAUGGUCAUCAUGCCAGGGUACUGUGUGCAAGGCACUGUGGGACAUAAAAUAUUAAGCGGACAGAAAAAACUGGAGAUGGAGGGAAGACAAACUUUGGAAGUGAAGAUGCAGGUGGAGUACAUGUCCUUCAGUGCCCACGCAGAUGCCAAGGGGAUAAUGCAGCUGAUUCGCAUGGCUGAGCCACGCAGCGUCCUACUGGUGCACGGGGAGGCCAAGAAGAUGGAGUUCCUCAAGCAGAAAAUUGAGCAGGAGUUCAAUAUCAACUGCUUCAUGCCUGCGAAUGGAGAAACAGCCACCACUGUGACCAACCCCAACGUUCCUGUGGACAUUGCACUGAGCUUACUGAAGAGGGAGGCAGCGCUCGGUCCGUUACCAGACCCAAAGAAACCAAGAACAAUGCACGGCACUCUUAUAAUGAAGGACAAUAGCCUUCGCCUGGUCGCUCCUGAGCAGGCAUUGAAAGAGCUGGGCCUCAGUGAACACCAGCUGCGGUUCACCUGUCGAGUUCAGAUACAGAAUCCCCAGUCUGAACAGGACACUCUCAACACAAUCUACAGCCAUCUGAAGAGUGUGCUGAAGGAGCACUCAAUCCAGCACCUUCCCGAUGGCACUGUGAUGGUGGAGUCCAUUCUCAUUAAAGUGUCUGCCGCUGCAGAGGAGCCCAGCACAAAAACCUUGCUGGUUUCAUGGAGUUACCAGGACGAGGAACUUGGAGGCUACCUGUGUACUUUACUCAGAAAGGGAUUGCCUCAGAGUACUGGCUGAGUGGCUGGAGGAGCAACGGCUGAAGCUGCCAUUCCUUUUUGUGUAAAAUGUUUUUUUUUUGUGUGGCUUUUGUAAUAAAGUAAAUUAAAUUUGAAA